AUUUACAACAAUUAACUGUCAAGUGCGUGUCUUGUUUGUUUAUUGUAAAGUACUUCACUUUGGGUAGUUAUAUUCAUUGCGAACGACACGUCAGUUGAAUAAUAAAAAGAAACGAUUUUCGUUCCUUUUGUAAUCCAAAAUUCAAGUUUUCUUCGUAAAUAUUAACAGGAAAAGUAUUAUGGAUUCAUUACAAACCAAAUAUAACUUAAAAAGUCCGGGUGUUAAACGCCUUAUGCGAGAGGCAAUGGAAUUAGCUGAAGCAACAGAAGAAUACCACGCUUGUCCAUUAGAAGACAACCUUUUUGAAUGGCAUUUUACAGUCAGGGGACCACCAAGUACUGAAUUCGAUGGUGGUUUAUACCACGGAAGAAUUUUAUUACCCACCCAAUACCCAAUGCAACCACCAAAUAUAAUUUUAUUAACACCAAAUGGUCGAUUUGAAACUAACAAGAAAAUUUGUUUGUCAAUAUCUGGUUAUCACCCAGAAAGUUGGCAACCAUCCUGGUCUAUACGUACAGCUUUAUUAGCUUUAAUUGCAUUUAUGCCAACUCCUGCAGCUGGUACUGUAGGUUCCUUAGAUUACACUGCUGAAGAACGUAAGGUGUUGGCAAAAAAAUCGCAGAAUUGGGAAUGCCAUAUUUGUGGGCGUAUACAAGAUAAACUUGUAACUGGUAAAUCUGUAGGGAGAACAUUGUUAUCCACAGAAGAAUCGACCUUACUUAAACAAAUCGCGUUAAAAGGUGAAGAGGAAAGUAAUCGACCGGUAAAGACAGAAAAGGAUAAUAAUGAUUUAGAAUUACAAAAUGGUGUUGAUGGACUUAGACAAAGAGGAAGUGGUACAUUAAACCAACCUGGUUCUCUUGAAGUCGUUCAAGAAAGUUUACCAGAUGUUUUGCUUCAAGCUUCCAUUCAAAGAUCUAAUAGAGAUAGAAUGUGGUCUGCUGUUGUAUGGGCAAUUAUUUCAACAAUUACCUUAUUAAUUAUUCGAAGAUUUUUCUUUUUGUAAUACAUACAUCAGUUUUUUUUGUUACUGUACAUAUUAAAUAAAUAUAGUAAGCAUUGUU